AUGACUGAACAUGAAACGAAGGAUAAGGCCAAGAAAAUUAGGGAGCUUUAUCGCUAUGAUGAGAUGUCAAAUAAGGUACUAAAGCUUGAUAAGCGCUUUAUGAAUACCAGUCAAAAUUCCCAAAGGGACGCGGAAAUAUCACAGCCAAAGUCCAUGAAUGGUAGGAUUAGUGCCAAAGAUAUGGGCCAGGGAGUACGCAGUAGCGCUGUUGAGGGGAUGAAAAAAAAUGAUGUUACUGUGGAUCCAAUUGAGAAAAAGACAUCAUUGAGGAAAAUUCAACAUGACAGUACUAUUUUGGACGCCUCUUCUAACUUUAGAUUGCACUAUUAUCCAAAGAACUCCUCUAAUGUUGAAGCUUACGAACACAUUCUGCUGUGGGUCACAGAAAUUUUGGGUAAUGAUAUACCGCAUGACCUUAUUGUUGGAACUGCCGAUAUACUAAUCAAAUUGUUGAAAGAUAAUGAAAAAAACGGGGAUAGAAAUAUUGAAAAGCAAAGAAAAAACAUUCAAGAUGAACUGGACAUUGAUAUCGAAUCUUCAAAGUUCACCGAGUUAGUCAAACUCAUGAAAGACAUAACCGAUUAUGAAGCGAAUCCUAACGAGACUAAUGAACGAACAGUGGCUAUUCUUGCUGGUGGUGAAGAAUCAGAUGUGGAAAACGUGAUUGGGGAUAAGUCAGAUUAUGGAAGUGUUCUCGGGAGAGAAAUCGAUAAUGACGAAGAUAAUAAUGAAGAAUACAAUUACGAUGACGUCGAAGCUAGACAAAAAAAAGAGAACAACAGGGCAUUACCAAACAUUGAAAGCGACACAAUCAAACUUUCUGACCAUAAGAGAAGUGAUAUUGAAUCCAUUCCGAUAUAUUCAGUCGACGAGUUCUUUUUACAGAGAAAGUUACGAUCUGAGCUCGGUUAUAAGGAUACUUCAGUGAUACAAGAUCUUUCAGAAAGGAUCUUAAAUGAAAUCAAAACUCUUGAACGGAAUCCAAGGGCGCUAGAGCAGAGAUUAGUUGAAUUGCUCGAUCUUGAAAAUAUAUCACUGGCUGAAUUUAUUUUCAAUAAUAGAUCUGCUAUUUUUUGGGGCAUACGGCUGGCAAAGAGUACAGAGGACGAGGUAUCGAAUUUGGUAAAGCAAAUGACUGCCAAUGGCUUAGAUGAUCUUGUGAAGCAGUACCAGUUCAGAAAUAUUGCAAGCUCAAAGCGUGAGCUUGAUUCUGAUGAGGACGAGCCAAUGGCUUCGGGGGCUAAAAGGACAAAAUUUUGCAGCGACUCUGCAAUACCACCUAUCAUAGAUUUGGAAAAGAUUAAGUUUGACGAAAGCUCUAAAUUAAUGACUAUAACGAAAGUCUCACUACCAGAAGGGUCGUUUAAAAGAGUGAAGCCACAAUAUGAUGAAAUACAUAUUCCAGCUCCAAAGAAGCCCAUUAUUGAUUACGAAUUGACAAAAAUUACCUCUUUACCAAAUUGGUGCCAGGAGGCAUUUCCUUCAUCAGAAACAAUAUCUUUAAAUCCUAUACAAUCGAAGGUUUUUCAUGCAGCAUUUGAGGGUGAUUCAAAUAUGCUGAUAUGUGCGCCUACUGGUUCCGGUAAAACAAAUAUUGCUUUAUUAACAGUAUUGAAAACUUUGUCCCGUUUUUAUAACCCAGAAACGAAGAAAUUGAACCUCUCAGCUUUCAAAGUCGUUUAUAUAGCACCACUGAAGGCAUUGGUACAGGAACAAGUUCGGGAAUUUCAAAGAAGAUUGGCUUUUUUAGGUAUAAAAGUUGCUGAAUUGACUGGGGAUUCUAGACUGAGCAGAAAACAAAUAGAAGAGACGCAAAUUUUGGUUUCCACUCCAGAAAAAUGGGAUAUAACCACCAGGAAUAUGAACAACUUGACUCUUGUUGGACUGGUUCGCUUGUUGAUCAUAGAUGAAAUUCACUUGUUGCAUGACGAGAGGGGCCCUGUAUUGGAAAGUAUUGUCGCCAGAACGUUUUGGGCUUCUAAAUACAGCCAGGAAAGUCCGAGAAUUAUAGGAUUAUCCGCAACCUUGCCAAAUUAUGAGGAUGUCGGAAGAUUUUUAAGGGUUCCUAAGGAAGGAUUAUUUUAUUUUGAUUCUUCAUUUAGACCAUGCCCCUUAUCGCAACAGUUUUGUGGAAUUAAGGAACGAAAUUCCCUGAAGAAACUGAAAGCUAUGAAUGACGCUUGUUAUGAAAAAGUUUUGGAAUCAAUCAAUGAAGGUAAUCAAAUAAUCGUGUUUGUCCACUCUCGAAAAGAAACAUCACGUACUGCGACUUGGUUGAAGAACAAAUUUGUUGACGAAAAUAUUGCUCAUAAAUUGAUCAAAAAUGAUACAGCUUCAAAGCAAAUUUUAAAGACUGAAGCGGCAAAUGUACUUGACCCAAGCCUAAGAAAAUUGGUUGAAAGUGGUAUAGGGACGCAUCACGCAGGGCUAGCCAGAAAUGACAGAUCUUUAUCUGAAGAUUUGUUUGCGGACGGAUUAUUGCAAGUAUUGGUAUGUACAGCGACAUUGGCAUGGGGUGUUAAUCUCCCCGCUCAUACUGUGAUUAUAAAAGGAACAGAUGUUUAUUCCCCUGAAAAGGGGUCCUGGGAACAACUUUCAUCACAGGAUGUUCUCCAAAUGUUAGGCAGAGCCGGUCGACCUAGAUAUGACACUUUUGGAGAAGGCAUUAUAAUAACGGACCAAUCGAACGUCCAAUACUACCUUUCGGUUCUAAAUCAGCAAUUACCCAUAGAAUCACAAUUUCUUUCGAAGUUAGUUGAUAAUUUAAAUGCUGAAGUCGUCAUCGGUAAUAUUAAAUGCAGAAGCGAUGCCGUGGGCUGGCUGGCAUAUACUUACUUAUAUGUUAGAAUGUUAGCUUCUCCUGAGCUUUAUAAAGUACCUAAUAUCUCAAAAGAUAAGCAAUUAAAAAAGUAUAGAGAAAGUUUGAUCCACUCCGCUCUUUGCAUCUUGAAGGAGCAAGAUUUGGUGCUGUAUGAUGCUGAAAACGAUGUAAUUGAGGCAACAGAUCUCGGAAAUAUAGCGUCGGCAUUCUACAUCAAUCAUGCCUCUAUGAAUGUCUACAGUAAAGAGUUAGACGAACACACAACUCAGAUAGAUCUCUUCAGAGUAUUUGCGAUGUCAGAAGAAUUCAAGUAUAUAUCGGUUAGAUAUGAAGAGAAGAGAGAAUUGAAACAACUUUUAGAAAAGGCUCCUAUUCCUAUCAGAGAAGAUAUUGAUGAUCCUUUAGCAAAAGUGAAUGUGUUACUGCAAUCUUACUUUUCUCAACUUAAGUUCGAGGGUUUCGCGUUAAAUUCUGAUAUGGUGUUUAUCCACCAAAAUGCGGGGAGGUUACUGCGUGCAAUGUUCGAAAUAUGCCUAAAGAGAGGUUGGGGACAUCCUACACGGAUACUGCUGAAUCUCUGUAGGUCUGCCACUACAAGAAUGUGGGCAACAAAUUCACCCCUAAGGCAGUUGAAAAGAUGUUCUGAUGAGGUGGUCAAAAGACUAGAAGCCUCUACAAUACCUUGGGGAGAUUACUUGGAACUGGAUACACCUGCAGAAGUCGGUCGUGCAAUUAGAUCUGAGAAAUAUGGUAAACAGAUUUAUGAUCUGUUGAAAAGGUUUCCUAAAAUAUCUAUGAAAUGUAAUGCUCAGCCAAUUACUCCCAGUGUUAUCAGAUUCAACGUUGAAAUACUAGCAGAUUGGUUGUGGGAUGUGAAAUUACACGGUGCCCUUCAACCUUUCUUGCUCAUGCUAGAAGACACGGACGGUGAUCUGAUAUUUUUUCAUGACGUGUUGUUCAUCACUUCAGAUAUGAUAGGACAAGAACUCACACUGUCCUUUACUCAUGAACUAGGGCAACACGAUCAAAAUAACUUGCCCCCUAAUUUUUUUCUUACAGUGAUAUCUGAAAACUGGUGGCAUUGUGAAUGCGAAAUUCCAGUUUCCUUCAAUGGUUUCAAACUUCCAAACAAAUUCCCUGCUCCUACUCCUCUUUUGGAAAAUGUUCGUAUCUCAACAUCAGAGCUUAGUAACGAUGAUUUUUUCGAAGUAUUUGAAUUCGAAACUUUCAAUAAGAUUCAAAGUCAGGUUUUUGAAACUGUCUAUAAUUCAAAUGACUCGGUCUUCAUAGGUUCAGCUAAGGGUACAGGUAAAACGGUUUUAGCUGAAUUAGCACUAUUAAACCAUUGGAGACAGAAUAAAGGAAGAGCUGUUUACAUCAAUCCAUCUCAAAAAAAAAUUGAUGCUGUACUUUCUAGUUGGAAUAAAAGGUUGUCUCAUCUUGCUGGGGGAAAGGUUGUCAACAAGCUAGGCAAUGACCUUUCUCUAAAUUCGAAAUUAUUAGCGGGAAGUCACCUUCUUUUGGCUACUCCCGCACAGUUUGAACUUUUGUCACGGCGCUGGAGGCAGAGAAAAAACAUCCAAAGCUUGGAAUUAAUGAUAUAUGAUGACAGUCAUGGAAUUAGUCAAGGCGUUUGUGGUGCAGUAUAUGAAACGGUUAUUUCUAGAAUGAUAUUUAUAGCUACUCAACUUGAGAAAAAGACUCGAUUUGUUUGCUUAUCGAGCUGUCUGGCAAAUGCUCGUGAUUUUGGUGAAUGGAUUGGCAUGAAGAAGUCAAACAUAUACAAUUUUUCCCCAAGCGAAAGAGUUGACCCCCUUGAAAUAAAUAUUCAAUCGUUCAAAGAUGUUGAGCAUGUUUCGUUCAACUCAUCAAUGCUUCAAAUGGCUUUUGAGGCAGCGUCAGCUACCGCGGCAAAUGGAAAUCCUAGCUCAGUGAUCUUGUCAUCCAGAAAGGAUUGUAUGGACGUCGCGUCUGCAUUCAUGAGAUUUUCUAAAGCAGUAGGAUGGGAUAUGUUGAACUCAGAAGAAGAGCAAGUCAUAGCACACGUGGAAAAAUUAGUAGACUGCAAUUUAAAAGUUCCUUUAAAACACGGUGUAGGUAUCUUAUAUAAUGGGAUGGCAUCAAGUGAUGAAAGGAUCAUAGAAAAAUUACACGAAUAUGGUGCACUAUCUGUUCUACUCAUUUCUAGAGACUCCUCUACUUUUGCUUCUAAAACUGAUGAGGUAAUAGUACUAGGAACUAACUUCUAUGAUGGCAGGGAGCAUAAAUAUAUGCCAUAUACCGUCAACGAACUUUUAGAAGUAGUGGGAAUAGCCAAUAGUAAUGAUGCAAUGGUUGGCAAAGUUUUAAUUUUAACUAGUCACAGCAUGAAGGCUUAUUACAAAAAGUUUUUAGCCGAGCCAUUACCUACUGAAAGUUUCUUGCAGUAUAAUAUUCAUGACACUUUGAACAACGAGAUUGCAAACUCUAUUAUACAAAGUAAGCAAGAUUGUGUUGAUUGGUUUACUUAUUCAUAUUUUUAUCGUCGUCUCCAUGGAAAUCCCAGCUAUUAUGGCGUCAAAGAUACUUCUCCAUAUGGUAUUUCAGUUUUUCUAACCGAUUUAGUCGAAACUAGUUUGGAAGACUUAGUUGAGUUGUCCUUUAUUAAAAUCGAAGAUAGUGCAACGAACGCAGAUGUCGAUGGAGAAGGUGAUGAAGCCACCGAGGUUGUAUCUGCCUUGAAUAAUGGGUUGAUUGCUUCCCGUUAUGGUACAGCCUUUUCCACUAUUCAAUCCUUUGUAUCUUCCUUAUCGAAUACCUCAACACUUAGAAACAUGCUGCACAUUUUAUCCACAGCGGUAGAGUUCGAAAAUAUACCACUUAGGAAAGGUGAUAGAUCGUUACUUGCCAAGUUAAGUAAAAGAUUACCCCUAAAAUUUCCUGGCGAUAUGUCUUCUGAGCCUAUGAGCUUCAAAAUUUUUUCAUUGUUACAGGCAUAUUUCUCGCGUGUUGAAUUACCCAUCGAUUUCCAAAAUGAUUUGAGAAACAUUUUGGAGAAAGUUGUCCCUCUAAUUAACGUGAUUGUUGAUAUUCUUUCAGCAAAUGGGUACUUGAACGCUACUACUGCCAUGGAUUUAGCGCAGAUGUUGGUUCAAGGUGUCUGGGAUGUUGAUAGCCCGUUGAGGCAGAUCCCACAUUUCAACAAUAAAAUGCUGGAAAAAUGCAAAGAAAUGAACAUUGAGACUGUAUAUGACAUAAUGGCCCUCGAGGACGAAGAAAGAGACGAAAUUCUGGUGCUAAAUAAUUCACAGCUUGCCCAAGUUGCCGCAUUUGUUAACAAUUACCCUAACGUUGAAGUCACCUAUUCAAUUCAUUUAGUUUCAGGUGCAACACAGAAAGUCUCAAUACAGUUAACAAGGGAUUUUGAACCUGAAAGUUUACAGGUAACAUCUGAAAAGUAUCCAUUUGAUAAACUGGAAAAUUGGUGGCUGGUAUUGGGUGAUAUUUCUAAAAAGGAGCUUUACGCUAUCAAGAAAGUUUCCUUAAACAAGGAGACCCAACAUUAUCAACUAGAAUUUGAUACUCCCUCAACUGGUAAGCAUAAUUUAACCAUUUGGUGCGUUUGCGAUUCAUAUCUUGACGCAGAUAAAGAAAUAUCAUUCGAAAUUAAUGUGAAAUAA